AUGAUAUCGGCACUUUCCUUAACACAACAUCAAGAAGCAGCUGAUAAUGAAGAGGCAUCAUCACCAACAUCACCAAAUAGUACAAAUAAUCAGUCUUUAUUGGAUCAAUCCACUUUGGAAUCUGAUAAGAAAAAGACAAGAAGAACAAAAACUAAGACAUCUUCAUCUUCUGCUUCAAAUAAGAAUUGUAGAGAUGAUUCUUCCCUGCGAUUAUUAACACGUAAAUUUAUUCAUUUAAUUGCUGAUGCAAAAGAUGGUGUUUUGGAUUUAAAUCAUGCAGCAGAAACACUAAGUGUUCAAAAACGUAGAAUUUAUGAUAUUACCAAUGUAUUAGAAGGAAUAGGAUUAAUUGAAAAGAAAUCUAAGAAUAAUAUUCAAUGGCUAGGUACAGGUAUUGCAGUAAAUGCACCUGAAAAUUGUGAGCAAGUUAAAAUCAUUCAAAAUGAAAUUGCUCAAAUUGAAUAUCAAGAAAGACAAGUUGAUCAAUUAAUUUAUCAUGUACAGGAAUCUCUUAGAUGCUUAAACGAAAGUGAACAAAAUAGAAGAUUAGCAUUCGUUACCUAUGAUGAUGUUUUAGAUAUUUCAACAUUGAAGGAUAGAACUGUUAUUGCUAUUAAAGCUCCUUCAGGUACAACUUUAACAGUUCCUGAUCCUGAUGAAGGUAUGGAAAUGGGAAAGAGAAGAUAUCAAAUAUUUUUGAAAUCACCUGCUGAACCUAUUGAUGUUUAUCUUGUGGAUAGAGAUUCUGAUCAACAACAACAAGCUAAUCAUUCUGGAGAUCCAAUGUUGGAAAAUGUUGUGACGACACCUGUUAAUCAAACAUUUGAAGAAAAACAAGCUAAUCAACAAACUAAUAGUGGUGAUGAUUUUAUGUUUGAAAUGGAAUCUGGUGAAGGUGUAUCUGAUUUGUUCUUAUAA